AUGCCUCAGCUUGGCGACAGAGAAGUAGGCCCCAUUGGGUAUGGUCUGAUGGGAUUGACCUUGCGAGCGAAACCAUGCUCACAGGAACAAGCAUUCGCGGCUAUGCGUGCCUCACUCGAAAAUGGCUGCAACUUUUGGAAUGGUGGCGAGUUCUAUGGACGGCCCGAUUACAACAGUCUGGUGCUUCUAGAAAGAUAUUUGGAGAAGUACCCCAAAGAUGCCGAUAAAUUUGUCUUAAGCAUCAAGGGUGGUUUGAACCCUAAAACACAUCGUACGGACGGCACACCGGAGAAUACGCGUCGGACUCUCGACGACACUAUUUCCCAGCUCAAGGGCCGCAAGAAAAUCGACAUUUUCGAAUUCGCUCGCCGAGACCAAGAUGUGCCGAUGGAAGUUACCUUUGAUGUUAUGAAUAAGGAAUACGUUCAGACUGGUAAAAUCGGAGGCAUCUCACUUUCCGAGGUACGAGCCGACACGAUCCAUGAAGCUGUCAAGCAUAUCAAGGUUCUCGCCGUAGAGGUCGAACUCUCACUUUUCUCUACUGAUGUCUUGGAGAAUGGCGUUGCGGCCGCGUGCGCCCAAUAUGGAAUCCCGCUCGUUGCCUACUCGCCAAUUGGCAGAGGCUUGUUGACGGGCCAAAUCAGGAAGUUCGAAGACCUCCCAGAGGACUCGUCGAUGCGCAAUUACCCUCGCUUUCAACCGGGCAACUUUGAGAUUAACCUGCAGCUGGUCCAUCAGGUUGAGAAGAUAGCCGAGAAGAAGGGCUGCACAGCGGCACAGCUCGCCAUCAAUUGGACCAGGGCUCUAUCUAGGCGUCCCGGGAUGCCAACAAUUAUCCCCAUACCCGGCGCCACGACGGCAGCGAGGGUAGAGGAGAACAGCAAGCUGAUUGACCUCACGGAUGAGGAGAUGGCACAGAUUGAUGAGAUCUUGGCUAAGUUCACAACAGCUGGCGCGCGCUACCCUGCUGGCAUUCCAACAAACACUUAG